UCGGUUAGAUUAUGUUUAUAAACAAGGUAAUAAUUUAAACGCGCGUUUCGGCCGUAACGAUUUAAACGGAAGCCUUAUUUUAUAUUUAAAUCGAACUUUAUCUGUCCUUUAAAAAUAGCCGUCAAAAUGUCUAAUGUUAAAAGACAAACAACAAUGCCUCGCCGAACGGAAGAGUUCGACUUUUCCGCUCCUCAAUCGUCAAUGAAGAAGGCUCCUCAACGUUUGAGCCGUAUCGCUCAACCAGUUCGCAAAUUGUCCAAAGCUAGCCUGGGGCCGCAAAUAUAUGGCGAAAAUGCGCGCCCGGUUUCCGCGGACAAACAAAAUAAUUUUGUCCAGCAGACUCCUGCUACUGGUGGAAAGGCCAGAAAUCCAAUGUCCACUCCAGCCUUUCGCACACCUCUGAGAAGCAGUGAAAAUGCCACUUCAGUCCCAUCUACUGCCGAACAGAACAAAGUGUUCGAAAAUCGCGACUACAUGGCGGCUCAGUGCGAACGCAUUUGUGACUAUCUGGAAACGAUUCCUAGUCUUCCGCAGGAUUUUGUCGAGCGUCGAAACUUGAAGGCUAUGUCAACGAAGCAAUUCCUAGUGAUAAUGACUCACCUCUUCCGACAAAUAGGGGGAAGUAGGUAUAAACUGGGAUCAAACUUUCUAGAUGACAUCAUGAAAACGAUGUCCGAAUUGGAGUACCCGUUUACUAUAAACAAAUCAAUGUUGAAAACUCCAAAUGUUCCGCAUUCAAUUUCACACAUCAUCGUUAUGAUAGGCUGGUUGGUUCAAUUGGUCCCACACACGGAACAAAAUUUGGAACCACUGAAACAAGAUGCGACUCUUGCGGAGGAAUUUCCUAAUGCCGAGUAUCAGACUUUCUUCUACAAAAAAGCAGAGGAAGGUUUUAGUCUGUGGAAUCUAAAGAAGGAGAGUGAGUUUGAAGCAAUUGUUGAAAAGUUAGUAGAUGAGCUAGUAAUUGCUCGCACAAAGGGUCUAAACCAGCAGCAAGUCUCGGCUAAAAUAAUUCAGUUGGAAAAGGAACUGCAAGAAAUUAACAAUCGCUCUGUUCAACAGCUUCAUGAACAGAGCAUGGAUGGUCUGGCAAAAACCAUUGAAGAACAUCAGCAACUAAAGAAAAAGCUCUCAACAGAAUUGAAAAGCCUGCAAAAAGAAGCAACUAAGGCAGAGGAAAAGUUUUAUCAAAAUCAAGAGGAAUUUUACGUCCUAAUGAAGAAAAUGGAACAACUGGAUCUUGAUGUCAAAUCACAACAGCUAAGUGCUGAAGAACGAGACGAGCUUAUGGCAUCGAUUGCCGCUAAUAAAAACCUGCUGACAGCCAAACGUCUCGCGGUAAGCGCACUAGAGCACACCUCAUUCGAACAUCAGAUCGCUGUUUCGAGACUAAUAAAGCAAAAAUUUACAUUGAUCUCGAACUUAAACACUCGCUUGCAUCAGUUUGCAGACAGUCUCAAAACGAUGAUUAGUUUUAAUGCACCAACUGUAGAUCUCAAGACUGAAAACUAUGUCGAACUUCUACAAGAUUUGCAUGCUAUUAAAUCACAGGUCGAAGCAGUACUGAAGCAACAAUCUGUAUUAUAUGGUGAACUCAGCGAACAACGAAUGCGACUUGAGCAGCAAAUGUCGGAUCGGCAAAUUCAGUACAAUGCCAUCGAGAAGUCUCUUGAGGAGGCGAACACUCGGUAUGAGCGACUUCAACAGCAGAGGAAUGAGAUUUUAAACCAGUUAAGCAGCAUGUCGGUAGAAACCAGCCAAGCUACGCAUCGAAAAGAGGCGGAAACAGUUCAAAUGGAUAAAAAGAUAACAGAACUUCAGCAGCAGUGUGAACAAAAUCGAAAAGCAAUCGAAAAACUUAACUACGAUAAGCGAAAGCUGAUGCAUCAGAAGUUGGAACAAUGUCAGGAGAUUUUGGCCGAAAAGAAACGAUUGCAGAUGAAAAUGACGGAGUUGGUAGAAAAAAUGGAAGCUGAAGUGGCCUGCAAGGAACGUGAACUGGACGAAACCGAUGGAAACAGUCGGUGAGAGCCGUCGUUUGUAUGGGGACAUUCUAAAGGUUCCAAUUGUGUUUCCGUUCCCUAAUGUUAUAUUUUAAAUAAGUUGGUUUCGUAGUGCUUUGAUAGAACAGCGUUCAUAGACAGAUUAAACAGUCGAUAGAAGAGAUACAUUUAACAUAAUGGACAUGCUGAUUAUUUGAAUGUUUAAUAUAUCUUAAUAUUACCA